AUGACUCGCAAGAACAAGCGCAAGGCGGAGCGUGAGCCGGAUGGCGCUCCAGACGGCCACAAAGUGAGCCUCGUCCCGGACACAGUCAUCACCGACCCCGAGAUCCUCAAGCGCACCAUCUUGGCUCCCUUCUACAACCGCAUUCAGGCCGAUGCCAACACCAUCGCCCACCUGCAAGAUGAACUGCGCGGUCUGAGAAGCGGCAACCAGAUCGAGCAACCCGAUCCGGACAUCUCCCCCGCGAAACUGCCCCAGGCGCACCCUCUGGCCACCCAGAUCCGGCAGACUCUGGACGAUCCAGCACCGGAUGAGAGUAUCCAUCUCUGCGGUCUCGCUCCUCUGCGUAUCAUCGACAACCGACCGCACGACGUCCUCGCUCUUGCCAAGGAGAAGCUGCACGCAUGGCCCUUCAACGACGUGCCGACCUGCUGGCGGCGUCUCUACGAGGAGGCAUCUCUCUACAUUGUCGUCGACUUGCUUGACCGCAUCGCCGCCAACUUCUUCGCCGAGCAUGUCGACACGCUGGUGGCGAUCAUCAAGCAGCUCGAUGCCGCAGUCGUUGUUGCAGGCGCUCCGGGGCGGAAGGAGCUCAUCGAGGAGGUUCUGAAGCAAUUGGAAGGUACAGUUCCCCUAUUCAUCCCAUCCCGCACUCUCCAACUCUGACAUGCAGCAGAUCCUCUUUCCCAUGUUUCGAUCCCUGAGUGGCCUCGUGGCUGGAUCGUGCAGCGGCCCAGCAGCUUGCAGACCAAUUUCUCCAUUCCACGCGCCUCUUACAUCUGGGCCAUCGACUGCUUCCAGAUUCACCUCAACAAUACCGCCUCUCCCGUCAUCAUACCCAGCGCCUUGAUCGAAUGGCCCGCAAUGGAGCUCUGGCAGGACCCCAACUACCUUCGCCAGCGAACGCUUGGUGGACACCGUACCGUCCCGGUCGAGAUCGGCGAACACUACCUGGACCCCUCGUGGAAUCAGGAGCUCAUGACCUUCAAUGAAUUCGCCACCGAGUUUCUCCUCCCAGAGCACCCCCAACAUACCGGCUAUCUUGCACAGCACGAUCUCUUUGCACAGAUCCCGGCGCUGCGAAACGACAUUCAGAUUCCCGACUACUGCUACACGCACCCGCCGCGGGCUCGAGGCGCCGCUGCCCACACCGCCGGCUUAGCCACGACCAAGAAACUCACCGAGCCUCUUCUGCACGCCUGGCUUGGACCCAAAGGCACCAAGACCCCUCUGCACACGGAUCCAUACCACAACAUCCUCUGUCAGGUGGGUAGACCCCGGUAUUUCUCCCUUCCAAAUCCCCCACUCAUUGUCUGCCCAUUCAGGUCGUCGGCUACAAAUACGUCCGCCUCUACCCGCCCACGGAGACGGAGAAACUCUACCCGUCCGGCAUCACCGGCGCGGGCAUCGACAUGCGGAACAACUCGCAGGUGGACGUGUCGCAGUGUCGUCCUGACAGGGCCACGACGGAUCUCGACAAGCUCCGCGAGACGCAGUGGAAGUUCCCACUCUUCCAGGAGGCGAAAUAUGUCGAGGCGAUCCUGGGGCCGGGGGAGUCUCUCUACGUCCCAUUGGGCUGGUGGCAUUUCGUGGAGAGCUUGACUGUGAGCUUUUCGGUAAGUUUUUGGUGGAAUUGA